AUGGAGGGUGGUCCCAACCAUCCGAUCAAAUGGGGGACAUAUCGAGAGGGCGUCCAGUCUCAGCUUCAAAAAUUCGAGUCCCUGCCACAGCAUGGCCUCGCAUUAAUACAGUCCUACCAGGCCGUCAUUGACAACGAUGAGACUUUCACCCAGUACUUUUCAGACGAGCCACUCGAGAGUUACACAAUCGAGUCACGGCUAAGGGAAACAUUAGGUAUUCGUUCUCCGUCUUCAUCUGACACCGAGAAUGGUCCCUCAAUCAGCUGGGUCAACAUUUUCCGACACGGCAGUUUUGAAAAGCAAAGUGAUGGCUCCUACUAUUGUUAUGACCAAGGAAACCGCGUUCAGAUCGAUGAAUCCCUACAUAAAAGUAUUUUACUCAAUCGAUGUUUCCUCCCGGCAAACUCUUACCUCUGGCCAAGUUCCGCCGACGCUGAACGAGAGUCGAAAAUCACCCUGGCCAUAGAGGCAGAUAUCUUGGAAGAAAUCGACAAGAAUAUCAAAUAUGUGGAGAAACUGAAGCGACUUCAGCUGUCACUGAAGAAACGCCGAAGUAAGCUUCAAGGUAUUCGAGUCCCACUGAAAAGGUCUCGUACACCGCAGACCUCUGGAUCACAGUAUCCUACCCCAAACGAGUCACGUCGUCCCACGGUAUCUGUUGAGACGCACGAUAUCCGUGCACGCAGUUCAUCCGAAAGCUCGGGUGUCUCAAGCGGAUCCGACAUCCCCUUCACUGCCCCCGGCGAUAUCUCGCAGCAGAUAUGUCAUGACACUGAGGAUUAUGGCAAUGAAACGGUUGACGAGGAUCCAAGCCAACAAGAGAAUUGGAAACUCAUCGCCAAAAGCAACCAGAAACCAUAUGAUAAUGAAACGGGAGUUUCGGUGUCUGGACUUCUCAGCACCAGAAGGCCCGAGGUCAUACAAUGCCAGGAUGAUACACAGAAGUCCCAGCACUCCCAACGAGACGUGUCAGCGAAAUACCAGCUCCAUGGCAAUGAGGACCUAAUGCGACCGUCUUCAAAAAAGCAAAAGACCGAGACUACCUCAUCACCAACAGAAAUCGAGACCAUCGACCUUAGCGAAGAAUUGCCAAUGUGGAACGAAAAGGUCGAUACGCCCAAUAAACCACAACCCAAAUCUUCCUCUGCAGGAAAGCGACGGAAAGGACAAAAGCGAACACGGAACAACUUCACCGACUACGAGAAGGAGCACGCUCCAGCUUGGUUUAAGAGCCAAGUAGACGCAGGAAAGCUACCGGGCGAUGUUGAGAAGGCCUACGUUGAAAAGUUCGGUGUCUUCCACCGCUGGCUCACUCUGAAACUUUGGAUCGACAGGCUGGACGAAAGGGCCUCCAAAGCAGAGCACCCAAGCAAAAUCGUGGUAUUGAAAGUACAACUCCCGUUGCAUCUUCGUUUGGCCUUCUUGAAUGACAAUCCCUCCUAG